AGCUUGAAGAAUAAGUUGAUCCUGAAUCUCUGAACGUAGAUACAGUGAAGUAUGGACCAACUGGGUGAACAUAACACCAGGUAUUCUAUGACAGUGCCUAGAGACAAAAUCAUAGGGGAAGCGCAGUUGCUGGACGACAGAAUGCCGAGACAAGAUAAGGGCCUACAGACCACCCAAGCACUUCACCAGUACCAGCUCCACAGGAGUACACAUCUUCCUGGAGUUUCCACUCAAGUUCCAGGAGUUGAAGGACUUUCUGAUUUCCCUCCAAACUUGUUACGUGCCUCAAUGAAUCCGGCUAACAUCGAGCUGCCCAUUGAGAAUGAAAGCAACCAUGAAGACAGAGUGGCCCCUCUCCAGGCAACACUCCUAAGCAGUCCUGCUACACCACUGCCUUGCUGGGGUUUAGCUGGAAGGAAUUUCACCCGGUGUAGGAUAAUGAAGAAAACAACACAGGCAGAGGGAAAAUCCCACGAUGUAUUGAAGAAAAUGAUAAAACCACCUGUAGGGCAGAAAGUACCAAUUCAGGGAGCAGGUCCAUCUAUUUCAGAGUCAGUGCAUGGGAGCGCAAAAUUUACUUCCAUUAAGCCUCCAUAUGCUAUCCCCGCAUCACUAGUUUCUGACAGUGUCUACAUGCAGCCCUACAUUGAUAGAGUAAUUCAUUUGUUGGCAUUAAAGGAUUACAAAAUCUCAGAAUUGUCUGUUCGACUGCAGAGGGAUGGAAUUCACAAGAAAGACAAAUGUACCAUUGGAAAAGUUCUGGAACAGGUAGCCAUUCUGAAUCCCCGCAAAUUUACGUACACAUUAAAAGACUAUUUAUUCAAACAGGUGCGACGAGACUGGCCUGGGUACACGGACUCAGACAGGCAGCUCCUGGACUCGGUGCUUGCCAGGAAAGGUCAAGCUCAGACAGCUCCUGCCACCAAGUGUCUGCGGUCGUCCAGAGAUUCUAGCACAGGCGGCACUCCCCGCAAGAAAGUGCGUUUCCCUUCAGCUGCCGUUGAUUCUUUGGGGGUGGGGAAAGGUAAAAUAUCUCACCUGACCACGGUCGCGCAGCCACCCUCAAAUGCCCGAUUGAAUAAAGCCAGGAGGGAACCUGCUGCAACUUCUGUAAAAUCUCCUGCAGCGACAGCAGAGCCCAUUUGUGCACCUCUGCCCUCAUCCUACUGUACUGCUUCCAGUUGUUCCUGGCCUGGCACCCCAGAAGGUGCCAGGACUCAGGAUCCAGAAGAUGAUCAUGUCUGGCAACACAGCAGCUCCGUUGAAUACCAGCAGGAUGAGUCUAAUACCACAAAAAGGUCAGCCUGUACUUCUGAUUUCAUGAAAUAUCCAAUGCUCUUAAAGAAGACACAUCCAACUCUCCAUUUGAACAAGACACACAAACAAGCAUUUACAGAAAACCAAGCAAACAGCCAAACAUACACAGCAACAAUGGAGAUACAGGGCACAGAUUCUCCAAGCCAUGAAAGUUAUGUAGAGCCAGAACCCAGCGAAGACAAUAGAGAGCUUUACCCCACACCUCAAGACAGCACCUCAACAUCGACAUCGGAGGUCUCAGAUUAUUUGACCAAGUACGUCACCAUCGUUUCUUCUGAGCAACGUCAGCGCUAUGUACAGGAUUUUACAGCAGAGUUUGAGGACUACCAUGCCCUUCGUGACACUAUGCUGAGUUUAUCCUUGCCCUUUUAUGACCUCAAGGCAAAAAAGAUACAAUUUUCUCCAGGCACAAAAGAAUAUGAAGAUAUCAAUGAAGAAAUCUUACGAGAAUAUCAGAAGCUGAAGCAGAAUAAUCCCAAUUUUUAUGCAGAAAAAAAGAGAUGUUAUUAUCUUUAUGACAAGCUGGCUCACAUUAAAAGAUUAGUAAGUGAUUUUGACCAAAAGCAAAGAGAGUCAUGUUACUAAAA